AUGAGUAAGGACGUGGCUUCUGCCGCUUGUACUGAAAUUACUAUCAAUAAGUGGGAUGUCAAUGCAGCUAAACAUGCCCUAGAUGAUGCAACCAAAGAGGUUAUGAAAAAUCACUUUGAACUACAAGAAAAUUUUAAGCUCAUUGAUAUAAGGUUGCUACUUUGCACACUGUCUGUUCUUUUUACAAUUGUCGCUUUUAUAUAUGAUUAUGUUUGUCCAUAUCCGCAAUCUCGAUAUGUGUUGAUGGGUUGCAUUGCAUCAUAUUUUGUUACCACCACUAUUCUUUCUUGGCACACCUUCUAUGUCGAAGGUAGUAUCUUCUAUGUUGGAAUGCAAUCCGACAAAGCUGGUCUCGAUCCUCCAAACAGGUGGACGUUUGCCUCUCAAAUUAAGAAGUACUCUCCUGAAUAUCGACUAACAUUAACCUAUCUUGAUGGAGCAACUAAAGAGCAAACAAAAAUGGAAUUUGUCAAGACCAUCGAUUGUUUCUUUGAUGAGAAGGGCAAAAUUUGCUUUCUUAAACUUCAGAACUACAUUCUUGAUAUUUGCAAAGUUGUAGCCUCCAAGAAGAAAAAUUAG